CGGUGACGUCGACGUACGGCUCAGCGCUCGAUGCGACGUCUACGUCUAUGGAAGAAAGGCAGUAAAAUUCGGCGCAUGAAAUAGACGUCAGAGGGUCUUCUGCGUGUUAUACGAGCGUUCCUGCAAUACGGACUGCGAUUGGAUACUGAAAGUGAAACUGCUUAGAACGUACAGCUGGAGAGACAGGUGUGAGAUGACCAGAAGUAAACUAUAUGCUUGAUUGUAUGAUUUUAAACGUUGGCUAACUUCCUCAACCAUUAUCGCGAUAUAGAAACAAUAUCUAAUGGCGAGUACCUUGGUUCGGAGGUUCUUUCAGGCGUCCACUCACCUUAGGUCCCCGCGUUGGAGCGGCUUGCUCUUGGCCAAGCGGGCUGAGGAAACAGCCAGGGCCAGACAUUUCUCCAGCGAUCCUCCGGAGACAAUCAGCCGCUAUCCAGUGCCUUACAAGAAAGACCUACCGUAUGACAUCGUGGAGCUGAUGGAGGAAGUGGAGUCCAAAGGCGGCUUCCUACCCAAUGUCUUCAAAGUCCUCUCGCACAGGCCUGCAGAGUUUAGAGCUUUCUUCUCCUACUACAAUGAACUCAUGAACAAGGAGACAGGCAGAUUAACCAAGGCGGAUCGUGAGCUGAUUGUGGUGGCCACCAGCAGACACAACAAGUGUCUUUACUGUGUUGUUUCCCAUGGUGCGCUGCACCGCAUCUACUCCAAGAACCCCACACUUUCAGACCAGGUCGUCAUCGACUACGAGAAGGCAGUGCUGCAACCCAGAGAGCGUGCCAUGCUGGACUUCGCCAUGGCCGUGUGCCGCGCCGACGCCAUCACCGAGCGGCACUUUAAAUCUUUAGAAGAGGCGGGCUUUGACCGUGAGGACGCCUGGGACAUCGCCGCCAUCGCCGCCUUCUUCGCCAUGUCUAACCGUCUCGCCCACCUCACUGACAUGCAGCCCAACCUGGAGUUUUAUAGCAUGGGGCGUGUACCGCGGGACAAGCGCAAAGACAGUGACAAGUGACAUAACAGUCGGCCACACUAACGGCAUGCAAAGAUUUUAUCACACAACGAAGCCAUGCCUUUCUUUCAGUUGGUCUUUUCACUUUAGACUUAAAUGCAAAUCAGAGCCCAUGCUUUGUAAAACUGGCGAUGAUUAAAUACUGCAUUAUUUGGGAUAAAUUUAGUCUAUUUUGCCUACAAAAGUGUAACAUUUUAAAUUAUUUUUUUGUAAUUAAUCAAUUAAUAAAGUUUGAAAGCUGUGCUGAUUCUUCCUGUGGU